AUGCCUUGGUCGAAAAGCACUUUCUUGCGGGUCAAUACGCAGCUUUUCGUUCAUGCCCAAAUCGUCCGAACCAUCAACCGCAGCACCAGCUGCAUGUUCUCUCGCAUGUGGUUCGACUGGGAAUCGGGGCAGACAACCAGGAGAUCUCUAGUCUACACCUGCAGGACCGCCGCUUCAUGGGCUCAAGAUAUGGCGUUUUCACUGACUUUCUUCCCCGACACUCUAACCACCCAUGCCGUUGUCUAUUCGUGCGACAUGAAAACACCCGACAUGUAUUGUCCAAACUUGACAUUGGAUGAGAUAAUCGUCAGUCGACUAUCUAACUCAGACACGGCAGUGUUUCACCCAAUGCUGUUGCCAGCAAUCUUUGCGGACAUCGAGAGAGACAGGCAGAUUGAGCUCGUUCGUACAAAGCUUAGUGAGCUUGCACAGAGAAUCUGCCAUCUCACAUCGGCCACUUCCUCUCCGUCCAACUCGAGGACAAAUCUCGUCGACAAUCCGUCAGGAAACACAAGUACCGAAAAUACAGGACGGACUCGGACGUUUGAUGACCGUCUGCCAAGUCUGGGAACGGCCUUCAGUUGGCUAUGGAGGACGCAUUCAACCACCGACAGCGUGGAAGAUGGAAAAAAGGCCCAGGAAUCACGCUCCCCAUACCUACUAACAAAGAAACUUGAACCUCCAACAGCCGAUCUCUGGAUUCAGAUCAGCCGCCUAAGAAAUGGGUUAGGAAAUUGGCAGUGUCAGCUGCGCAACAUGAUCAACCAUGUCGAAGAACUCGGAUCCACCGAGUUCGCUAGCGACAAACCUUCCAGCUAUGCCAACGUCCAACAGUUCCGUGAAGUGGGCGUCAGGAUCGGAGAGAGACUUCAAGAGCUGGUCGACGAGUAUGAUGAGUACAUCAGGGAGUGCACGCACAUAAUGGACGGUUUGACCCUGGCGACGCAACUGGAGUUGAGUCACAUUGGACGCAGUGACGCAAAAACCAAUUUCGAAAUAUCAAAGGUCAACCUGGAGGUCGCCCAGUUGACGCGGCGGGACAGCAGUGUGAUGAAAUCGAUUGCGGUCCUAGGGAUGAUCUUCCUCCCCGCGACGUUUGUGACGGCAUUCUUCUCCAUGGGGUUCUUUGACUGGAACGGGGAUGAACCAAGCGGCGGGGGACCGUCCGGAUACAUCUGGAUCUACGCUAUUGCCGCCGUUGCUCUCACGCUCCUUAGUGUGGGGCUAUUCUAUAUUUUUACUUUGAGAGCACGACAAGGUCAAGAGCGUAGAAACCCAGAGUAG